AUGGAUCAGCCGGUGCAGCCAGAGGGUGUCAGCGUUCGCCGCCGUCAUCGAAAGCUGAAUCGACCGCAUCGUGAGAAGACGCCCGACCCAACGGCAAAACCGAAUGGCCGACGUCGCUACUCAGAGGAUGAAAGCAGUCCAAUUGACGGUACCACAGCUUCUGAAGAAGCUGCCGGCGUGCAAACUGUACGCAUGCAAAUCCGUCCUCCCGGCAUCAUGUCUGCACACGAAAGCAAAAUCUUACGACGCCGCGACAAGACAUUUGCCACCUCGGCGGCACGUAGUCUUUCACAGCCACGUGAAGCUGAACGCCUCACCAGCCCAGAAGCCGAUGAACUCAUUCGUACCGUCAAACAUCGUAGCCUCUCCUCGCCGCGGAAUAACGAUGAAUCUAGUGAAAGCGAGCUUACAGCAAAUCCCAUUGCGCCAACCCCCAAGGCGAGUCAACGACAUUUGUCACCGCCACAACGGCGUUCGACCGCCGAUGAAAACCUCAGCCGAUUAGAGCAAAAUAUGCGCCGCUUUGAGGAGGAACGCAAGCGUUUCGAAGCGGACAAGCGUCAUUUUGAGCGGGAAAAACGUGAACACCGCUUGCACUACAAACAAUUGCACGACAGCGAUGAACGCAAACGUCUUCUACAGAGUUAUCGCAAAUUAAGUGAUCGCAUACAAUUGCCAACAGACGCUGAGGAACGUCGUCGCAUGGUUCAUAGUCUGCGCCUGCAGCGUAAUGAAGCGCCAGUACUGCAGCCACGUCAUCGUCACAGCGGCUAUGAUGAGUCCUCUACGCAAUUCUCUUCAUCAGAAGUAGACGAUAUGGAAGAGGCUAAGGCGCGCAAAAUGGAGAAGCAAACACAUCCGGUGCGCCGUCAGGUUUCGGCCGUCACAGGGCCGGUGCAUUAUGUUGCAGGUGUACGUGGACCACCGCCUCAACCACCGGAACGACGCAGCGUCAGCCGUAAUAACUCACUCUCACCCAUAAGACCACAGCGACGCUCAAAGACACCGGAACAGCGGGCGCAAAUUAUCAGACGACUUGCGGAAAGUGAGGCCAACAGUAAAUCGGGUAGUUUAACACCAGAACCACAGACUUCUGCCUCACCCGCAGAGCAAAAGUUGCCCGAAUAUCCGAAACCACAACCGCCUGCCGAAGUAGCCGAGGUGCGUAGGCGGUACAGUGUACCACGCAAGGAUUCGCUGACAGAAAUUGCCAAGCGCAGAAAACAAAGUUUGGAGAAAGCUGAGGCGGAAGCCGCAAUGCUAGCCGCCGCUAAGGAAGCAGAAGCCGCAAGAAUUGAAGAAGAAGCACGCAAGGCGGCAGCUGCCGUUCCUCUCAUGACAAUUGUGAUGGGCAAAUUGAUAGCUUUCUUCGCUAGUAAACGUGCCGAAAAACAGAAGACACCAAAAAAUCAAGAUUUGCAUUUCGCUUCCGAUGAGUUGGUCUUGCCACAAGAUCUGGCUGAGGAGGAACUACCCAAAAAUCUGCUCUCUAAAGAGCUACUACGUCGUCUUUACUGGGAUAUACGCCAGCAAUGGCGACGCAUGAAAGCCGAAUAUCCCGGAGAGAUAAAAAAAAUUCGUCUUAUGCGUAAUAAAUGCAUAGCAGAGUUGAUUCUACUCAUACUGCUUUGUGGUUUUGGUGGACUAAUGUUUCGCUAUACCGAGGGUACUUCGGAGAAUAUAUACAAGUGCGAAGUACGCAAGGUGAAGCGUGACUUUAUCGAUAACCUGUGGACAGUUAGUCACAAUAUGAGAGAAGACGACUGGAAGUCGCUGGCACGACAGAAGUUGCGAAAGUUUGAAGAUGAACUAAAUUUGCUGGCUGAAUUGGGAAUACGGCGAUUUCCUGGCCAAAAGUCAUGGAACUUUGUAAAUUGCAUAUUGUUCUGUUGGACCGUUAUAACAAGAAUAGGUUAUGGUCAUAUUGCCCCCGUAACAAAUUUGGGCCGUACCUUGGCUAUUGUCUACGCCAUCAUUGGUAUACCGCUAUUUCUUCUCAUUUUAGCGGAUUACGGCAAACUGUUCACGCGUGCGCUGAAGUUCCUAUGGGUCUAUGUACGCCGCUUAUACUACGCUGGCACCUGUCGCAAUAUACGCAAGCAUCAAUCGGUGCGCGAUGCCAUGAAAUUUGCGCGACGUUCAAGCACGUACUUCGGUCGCGAAAUGGAUAUUGAGUCGAGAACUACAGCGCCUGAAACGCCAUCGUCACCUUUCGAUGAGACAUUUGAAGUGGACGAUGAAUUCAAUCUUCCCAUUUCUGUAGCUUCUUUCCUGCUGAUCAGUUACAUUCUGAUUGGUGCACUAUUUUACUCAAUGUGGGAGGAGUGGAGUUACUUUGAGGCAUUCUACUUUGUUUUCAUUUCUAUGUCGACCAUCGGUUUUGGUGAUCUAGUACCCAAACAUCCGAUCUUUAUGAUGUGCAGUAUUCUGUAUUUGGUCUUCGGCUUGGCACUUACAUCCAUGUUCAUCAAUGUUGUGCAAAUUAAGCUGAGCGACACUUUCAAGCAGGCGUCUAUUAAGCUCAGCACUACGAUUGGCAUAGAAUUACCGCCUGAUGAGAAUGCUGAGGAGCUGGAAAAAGAGGGUGAAACCGAAAUGAACAAUCACUCAGCAACCCCCCAUGCGGAUGAAGGUGGACCUAAAUCGCCGCCAGCGCCACCAGCACCACCAAAGCCGGCGCCAAACAAUGCGCGCGAUGCUGAAAGUCCACCACCUUUGCCAAGUCGGAAGCAGGAUGCGGAAGGCGAGGUGAAGAAAAAGGGUUGGCGAUUUUGGUAAAGACAAUUUAAAUUCUUAGUUGAAAAAGUAAAACUUCUCCAUUUCUUUUUUCUAUUGAAUACGGCUAAAGCGGUUCCAUUUUCUUCGCUGAAACAAAACUUCAAGCUUGAAGUUUCUAAAGUUUUUAUUUUGAGCGCACUUUAUAACAUUUUAAUAUUUCACAACUUAUAAGACCACUUUACUUCUUACACGCACAUAUCACCGUUGAACACUCACGACUCAUAUUAAAUCAAAAUCCUCUUGCCAUAGUUUUAAGUUAAGGUGAACUUGAUAAAAAUAUAUUUUUAUAUUUACAUACGUACAUACGUACAUACAUGCAUAUAUGUAUAGCUUUAGCAUAAGCUGGAUUUGUGGUUCGAAACUUCUGCUGUCC